CAACUGUGAGCUGAGCAUAAAUGUGCCUCACAAGCUGCGACAUGCAGCUAAAUAUUUACAGAAAACAUCGGGGAGGGAUUCCAAAAUUGGGAAAGAGAUUUAUAUUUGCAGUCAACAUGAUGGUAACAAUUAGAUGUUGGGCUGCAGAUGUAUUAUUGCUCAACUCUUCUGAACUCCCUCCUCCGAAUGGAAGUGAUUUACUAACGGGGGGGUGUAUAAAAACCCGGGAGGGUUUGAGCUGUCGCACUUUUUGGUUCAUCAUGGACAGAACUGUGCUGCUGUUCCUACUGGCCGUGCAGGUUUUCCUGAUCAUCACGGCCCUCCGCUCUGCAGACGCGGCUGCUCUGCCUGCCGAUGAGCAUCAGCAACAACUGCAGACUCUGCAUCCGGAAAAAGUCCAGGUCCAGAGAAUGAGGAUAACAGCCGACAAACAAAGACUACCCCACUGUGCCUUCUUUAUCGGAGGAUGUUCACUAGUUGGCAAGGUUGACUUUGAUGGCAAUCUAAAACCAAAACCAACAAAAGCAAAGCCCCUACGAGAAAUCAAACGGUGAAAGAAUGUGAAUAUUUUUGUAACCGAUUCUGCAAAAGGGCUCGGCUGUGCUCCCGGCGGUGGGAGUGCCAUAUGAAUCAUUCUCAGAUAUAUUAUUUUGCCAAGUGGAGGAUGGACCAAUAGGAGGAGAACUAGAAUCACCAAAAGCACAGACCAAGACAAAAACUAUUCCUAAAUACUCUCUGUACCUGUUGUUUUAUUAUGGGAAGAUGUGUUACUUGUAUUAAGCUACAUUUAUAUAAAUGGUCCAUAAUCCUCCUAAUGCCUUUGUAACAAAAAUGAAAUAAAAUAAAAAUAUACAUUCAUCAGAAAUUAA